AUGGAUAGCGAAGAUUUUUUACAAUUUAAUGAAACCUCAAGCGAAACUUCUAUUAGUUGCUUAAAUGAUGAUAUUGUUACUACACAUUCGAUAGAUAAUAAUCAAUCAAAAAAAGAGGAGGUUUCAGAAAAAGAAGCUGGAUAUGGGACCAUUUCAAGAACUUAUCUACUAAACAUGGAUCUAAAGGCUA